AUGGAAGUUGCACAAAGAGAUUUUUGGUGGGGGUUCGAAGACAAGAGAGGUACUUACGUUACCUCAUGGAAAAAUCUGAGAGUAUAUAAAGAUUGUGGUGGUCAAGGAUUCAAAGACCUGAAGAUUCUUAAUAAAGCAUUACUAGUCAGAGCAGCAUGGAGAAUCUGCACUAACACUGAUACUCACUGGGGUAAAGCUAUUCAAGCAAAGUACUUCUCUUGCACUAGCCUUCUUCAUGCAAUUGUCAGAACAAAUUUUUCUUGGGCUUGGAAUGGUAUUCAGAAGCAGAUUGAGUUUAUUAAACAAAAUAGUCACUGGAGAUUAGGCAAGGGUGACAAGAUAAAAGUUUGGCUUGAUGUCUGUGUGUUAGGCUUAGAUAACCCACCAGUUCCAAGAGAAGAUAUCACAGAUAGAGAGUCUUAUAUUCGGGUUCAGGAUUUGAUGCUGCAAGAUAGGCAAAAUUGGAACAGUGAUCUGAUUUAA